GGCAAGGCGCAGAAGCGUUGCUUUACGACAAUUGGGGGCUCUUGCUUGGCCGGCGUGCGCUGCUUGCAGCUUCUCGGUUUCACACGUGUGCCGCUGUUGGUGUUCCCGUCCCUAAUUCAUUCCACUUGGCGUGGACUAGCUCCAUUGAAGGACAGAGUGCCAGCGGAGGCCAGGGGUCGUGAGCUGAUGGAUUUUGCUGCUGAGAAUGAAGGGACGUCGGGAGGCGGUCUCCAAAGGGUAGCUGAGGGGGCGCGGCGAAGUCCGGAGUUGGGGAGGGAGGAGGCCAGCGGUGGAGAGGCGAGGGAUGGACUGAUAGGAAUGGGGAAGACAGGGGAUGGAGAGGAGGGAAGUGGACAAAGGGCAGAGGACAUGCGUGUGGACCUAACAGCUGUGAAGCAAGAAGUUAUGGACUGGUCGGAAGUGGAAGAAGGUAUGUUGGAUGGCCAGUGGAUAAAGCAGGAGGUGGAGGAUGGGCCUGAGGUAAAGGAGGAGAAAUCAGGCACAUUGGAGGUGAAGCAGGAGAUGGAUAGUAGUUUGGUGGUAAAAGAAGAGAAGGCGGAUGAACCAGAGGUAAAGGAAGAGAAAGUGAAGGUGAAGGAAGAGGUAAUGGACUGGCUGGAAGUGAAGGAAGAGAAGAAGGGUAUCUUGGAGAUAAAACAGGAGGAGGCAUUUGUUGUUCGGAACAUAAAAGAGGAAAUGAUGGACGAAGUGUGUGUAAAAGAAGAGAAGUAUUUCCCGAAGAAGGAAGUGAUGGAUGAUACAAACGUGAAAGAAGAGCCUCAGGUGAAUCCCCCAGUGGGCUCCAAGCGGAAACUGGCCAUGUCAAGAUGUGAAACUUGUGGUACAGAAGAAGCAAAGUACAGAUGUCCACGUUGUCUGCGAUACUCCUGCAGUUUGUCCUGUGUAAAGAAACACAAAGCAGAAAUGACAUGCAAUGGAGUUCGAGAUAAAACUGCAUAUGUUUCAAUACAACAGUUUACUGAAAUGAAUCUUCUAAGUGAUUAUCGAUUUUUGGAAGAUGUAGCAAGGACAGCUGACCAUAUUUCUAGAGAUGCUUUCUUGAAAAGACCAAUGAGCAAUAAACAUAUGUACUUUAUGAAAAAUCGUGCCAGAAAGCAAGGUAUUAACUUAAAACUUCUACCCAAUGGAUUCACCAAGAGGAAAGAAAAUUCAACGUUUUUUGAUAAGAAGUAAGUUUCUAACUUCUUUCGGAUUUGGUCAGG